AUGCCCAUCCCCAUUAUUGUUCAGGGGAUCCGGGAGGGUAUAGACUCGAUUCCAUAUGCCUACACAGUUCUCAAGAUUGCGCCAUGGGUGCUGCUCGUCGCUGCCCUCAAGUACUACUUUGGGGGAGCUCGGAAUGGCUCAGAGCGGGUCAUGCACUCGAAAAUUAUUAUGAUCACCGGAGGGACAUCAGGCAUUGGCGCCAGCGUCGCCCGUGAGCUUGCAUUACGCGGCGCCCAGAUCAUCCUCCUCACCCACCACUCCCCCUCAGACAUCUUCCUGAUCGAUUACAUCGAAGAUCUACGCAAGUCAACAGGCAAUCAACUCAUCUUCGCCGAACAAGUCGACCUCUCCUCCUUACAUUCCAUCCGGACCUUUGCGACCAAAUGGAUCGACAAUUAUCCCCCCCGACGACUCGACAUGGUCAUCUUGUGCGCUAGCACCGCCUUGCCCGCCUCCAGCCGGGGACGAAUGACAAUAGACGGCGUGAACGAGGAGUGGCAGGUCAAUUACCUGGGUAACUUCCACCUACUGAGCAUUCUGAGCCCCGCGCUGAAAGCGCAGCCCGCUCAUCGAGACGUGCGGGUCAUUUUCACCACAUGCUCGAGUUAUAUUGGCGCGAAACUCGACAUCAAGCAAUUGGAGGCGGUGACCAGUGGUUCUAAACCGGCAGGGCAAUCAACGACCAAAAAGAAUGGAAAACCACAGAAGAAGGCAUCCACGGAAAAGGAAGCCAGCCUAUUCGGCCUGAGCAAACUCGCUCUGAUGAUCUUCGCAAACUCCUUCCAGAAACACUUCAACGCAUAUCAACGUCCAGACAAACAGCCGAACGCUACCCGCAUUAUCGUCGUUGACCCGGGCCUGAGUCGAACUCCGGGAACCCGUCGCUGGCUGACGGGUGGCUCGCUCUGGGGUCUGCUUAUCUACCUUCUCACCUGGCCACUGUGGUGGCUUAUCCUCAAGUCUCCUCAGCAAGGUGCGCAGAGCAUCUUGUAUGCGGCCAUGGAGGCGCGAUAUGGCCGUGGCGCCGGCGGGUGGAUGGUGAAGGAAUGCCGGGAGGUUGAUUUCUCCCGAAAGGAUGUCAAGGAUGAGGAGCUCGCGAAGAAACUCUGGGAAUUCAGUGAGAAGCAAAUUGAAGCGAAGGAGAAGGAGGGUGCACUCAAACGUGCUCAGACUAAGGCGAAGGAGAAGGUCACGGACAAGGACAAGAGUGCAAAGCAGCAAAAUACAAAGGGCUCGUCAACAACCGGAGCUGGCGCCGCAAAGGAUCAGACCUCUGGGUCCAGAAGGAGCCGUAAAGCAAAUCAAUAG